AGAGGCUUCAUCGAUGACUGUAAUUAGUAAGAUUCAAAUUUUAAUAUAUCAAUUAGAUCGAUAAACUAGGGAUAACAAUUAUCGACUUACCUAUAGCCAGUAAACUAGAUGCUAUAAGCUAGUAUGUUUUGAUUAAAAGUGCGGCUUUUUCAUUUUGAGAUCUAAAACAUAACCUAUAAAUCUUUUGUGCAAUCUAGUGUUUUAUAAAAGAUUGUCAUUACAUUUGUUAUAUAAAUAAAUAAUUUCUCUAGUUUAUAAGCGCUUUUUUAAUUUGUCUUUAUGGCGUCAAAAAAGGUAUUUGAUCGGUGUUGUAAUCCUUUUGAGUUGGAAUCUCAUUUUAAAAAAAUUGGUUUACGUCCGGCGACUGAUAUUAUGAAAGUAACGUUAGGAUUAGAUGAUAAUUAUUUAUUAUGCAGUUCAUGUCGGAAAAAAGCUUCAGAGUUAGUGAAGCAACAAACAAAUGCUCGUAAUGAUCCUAGUGCUGAUGUAAGUGACCGUGAAGACAACUAUAGUGACAAUAAUGACAACAAUGAUCAGGCUGAUAAUGAUAGUAAUACAACUGCCACGGAUCUCCCAUUAUCCUUAUCAUUCCGUUCCAUGUCAUUUGAUAGCGAACCCAAAGCAUCACAAUCAAGCUCAGGAUCCCAAGUUAGCGCUGCAACUCAAUUACCCGUAAUAAACCAUGUAUUAGAAUUGUUAAAUCAAUCACCGAUUCCAUCGAAGAAAUUGAAUGAUAAUCAAUUUUUGAACAAUAAAAUAAAUCGGGUAUCCGACAGCUUGAAAAAAGUUUUGCUUUCUUCUUCAGAUGAAGAAUCGAUUGAUGACGAUGGUGAAAAUUUUCGCUCUCUAAUUAAAAUGUUGUAUGAUAAAUUCAACGAUAAAGAAACUGAUAAGUCUUUGAAAAUACAAAUUUUAACAUUAUUACCUGUAAAAUGGAGUGAGAGACGUAUUUGUGAAACUAUGAAUACAUCAAGACAUUUGUCAAGAGUAGCAAAAAAUUUGGUUGAAGAAACGGGUUUACUUUCUACACCUGAAUCGAAAUUAGGUAUGGGUAGCGUAAAAUCGAUGUUUUAA